AUGAAGACCGCUUUCUUCCUUGUCGCUCUCCUCGCUCUGAUAGCAAGUGCGGCCGCCUUUUCGCAGUACACCGACCAUACCGGACAGGACCCGCACGCUCGCGGAGACAAGGGCAGCGGUUCAGAUCCGCAAUGCCAGGAUGAGCAUAUGAAGUUAGACUCGUGCAAGGACUACAUGACAGAGCGUUGCACGGUGCCACGGGAGAUACCGUUCACCAAGCCAUAUAAAUGGAGGAAGGGCAGCUGCCAAGAGGUCAAGGGCUGGUGCUGCCAGGAGUUGGCGAAGACACCGCCGCAGUGCCGCUGCAAGGCCAUAUGGAAGACAAUCGAAGGCGAACUCGGUGGCUUCUGGGGUGUCUCCCAGGAUCACGUGAAGAAGGUGCUGCUAACGGCCAAGAGCCUGCCUUCUCAGUGCAACAUGGGCGCUGGCUGCGACGUCCCUGUCGCCAAUGGCUAUUACUACUACUACUGA